AGCCAAACGUCAAAUUCAGUGUAAUACAUAAAAACUAGCCUUUUUUGAAAAAUAGUUUACGAAAUACAUUACAUUGUUAAUAAACACGACCUCUUGAACUUAGUAAAAAAAAUAAUUUAAUUUCAAUUUGCAGAUUAUCAUACAUUGAUAUAAGAACAAUGAACGAAUAGCAAUUGCUGUCACAUUCAUAAUAUCCUAUUGAACAGAUUAGGCCUAGUGUGAGUGAGUAGUGAAUUUUGUGAUCUGUUUAUUUUGUACUGUUUUGUUCUGCUAUGUUGCGAUGGUAUUAUUUGACUAACAGGCCUUAAAUAAUUCUCCAAACAUGAAUUCUACUACUUCUAGUGUCAAUAGUAGUUUAAAGAAACUUGAAUAUGUCAAACGACAAGAACAGCUUAGAUCACUUGGAAAUCCAAAAAACACACCAAAGCCUCUUAGUGCAGAUAGUAUGAUUGAGGAUUUACUUUCUAAAAAAGAAACAUUCCAGAAACGCGCCUCUGGAUCUCAGCCAAAACAGGAGGUAUCAGGAUGGCUGUGCGGCCCAGUUCCCCAGAUGUAUAGUCAAGUUUGGGCAAGUGUACAGUCAGCUAAUGGUCUGGCAGACACUCCCCUCCUCUCCACUCUCCUCAUGUCCAGUGGGCUCUCUACAGACACCCUAGGCUACAUAUGGUCACUGGCCAACCACACUGUGCCAGGAGCUCUCACACAACAAGAAGUACAUCUAGUACUAGCUCUUGUAGCACUUACACAGUCUGGAUAUCACACGACAAACCUAGCUACAGUGUUGCAACUACCUCAGGCACCAAUACCUGCCCUGGAUUUAUCAUUGUUGUCAACCCCACAACAACAAAAACCAGUGUACCCAAGUCCUCUCAGUGUAUCAGGUCUGCAAGACUCUCACACAUAUAGUUGGGUAGCCCCUGAAACCCAACCACCUAAUGGAACUGAUAAUAUUGGUGUAUCUUAUGUAAGCAGUGGACCCAUGGUCAGUCAACAACUUUUAACUGGGACUGCUAACCUUUCCUUCACAGACUUUCAAACUACCAAUGCUUGGGACAUACACAGUAAUACUAGUACCUCAACUACUUUACGGUCUUUGUCUAAAAAUGCUCACUCAAAACAUUCUGGUAAUACUUUAAACUUUUCAUUUCCCAGCCUAAAUGAGUCUCCUAGUCAUAUUGCAGGUAGCAAGUCAGAGGGAUCUGACCCAUUUGAUGAUGAAUUCACAGAUUUUCAGAGUGCUGAUUUCACUACAGUUAACAGCAUAACAUCUGAAGUCCAUAACAAUCUUGUAAAGGAUGUUGUUGAUGAUGAUGAUGAGGAAUUUAGUAAUUUUCAAAAAGCCACACCUAAAUCUAACGAUGACCUUUCAGUGUUAGUUAUAGAUGGGAAAAAUAUACCUUCUGCUCAGACGCUGUGGGUAGCGGAAGAUCUAGACCCAACUAUAAUUUAUAACAUUGAAGGUAUGGAGUUAAAAAAUACAGGGAGGAUUCAAGAUGCCAAAGAAACCAAACACCCACCUUCUGUGACACACACAAUUGGAGAUAAACUAGGGCAGAGUAAAUAUGAUGUGUUUAAAGAGAUGGAUGAUGGUCGUUUCAGUGUAUUUCAUAACCCUUUGCCAGAUCAUGAAGAUAAUCACAAUGAUUUAGGUGUUGAUCAGAUUGAAAGUUCACAGUUGGAAACUAAAUCAAUAUCUAAUCACUCUCUGUUUAGUGAACAAGAACAGUGUUUAGAUUUUUUCAAGCCAGAUCAUCAAUCUGUCAAUAGUAUGGAUGACUUCAAAUCAAACCCGAAGAGCCAAAUAGACAUUGAUAUUCCAAAACAAAUUUAUGUGGCCCACAACAACAAUAAUGAUGGUGAUGAUGAAGAAUUUUCAACCUUUCAAAACUUUCCAGUUACUUUUCCAGACCCUAACAGUCAGUCUCACAUGGAGGAGGGUGAUAAGUAUGAUAUUUUCCGAACAAUAGUGUUUGAAAAUAACCUCGAACCACUAAGUCAAAUGCCCAAGGCUGAAGAGGCAAAAAAUGAAAAUUAUACUCAAGUUUCUUUAUUUGAAACAGGAAUGGAUGGAAAUCUACAAAAUGAUUCUAAAGAACAUGAAGGUGAUCUAUUUGAUGAUUUUGUUUCAAAACCAAAUAAAGAUAAUACAUUUGCCAGUUUUCAAGAAAAUUUGGCUACAAGACCUGAUUCAAGUAACAUUAUUAAUAUAUUUUCUUCUUUAGCUAUAUCAGAUAAGACCUGCAGUUCAGAAACAAAAAUGGAUCCAUCAACUGAAAUAAAAAAAGUUGAGGAUAAAUACAAAGCAUUGAGGCUCAUAGAAGAAAGCUCAAAUGAGAUGGAUGAUUUUGGCGAAUUUUUGGGAGCUGAUGUUCCAAAUGAUGAAAAUCAAUUACCUAUUUCAGAAAAACCAUCUGUCCAGGUAAGAUGUCUAGAAGCAUGCUUGAACUUGUUGAAAGAUGGUUUAGCCACUCUGUCAAGAGCUUCCUCUCAAGAAGUUGUCUCUGAAGUAAUACGGGAUCCAAGGGCAAGCACCUACUUUGAUUGUUUACUGGAAGUGCAUAGAGUGAGUGAGCGUAUCAUCAGCAACAUGGAAGGCAGUGUAUGUGGUGCAACAAAAGCUGAGCUUUGUCAAAUUUGGGAACAACUUAGACCAUAUUUUGCUCACACAGAGCAUAAUCAUCUACCUGAAACUGUGGGAGUACAAUGUGGAGUGUGUCACAGCAACACAGGCCCAGCACCUGUUACCUUCGGAGCAAUGACCUUCCACUCACCAUGCGCUAAUCUCUACCUACACUGUGUUGAACCAGUGCUACCUUAACAUAUGAUUGUUUCCAGCUACCUGAAACUGUGGGAGCACAAUGUGGAGUGUGUCACAGCAACACAGGCCCAGCACCUGUUACCUUCGGAGCAAUGACCUUCCACUCACCAU